GUCAAUCGAGUGAUGACGUCGCAGCUGAGUCGGCCAUUUUGACACAUCGAACGUAAAUUCCAACGGGCUUUAAAUCCGUCUUCAUCCAUCAGUUUCCACCGGUAAACGAGAUUUAUUUUCUUCGUGAAGAAAGCGAAGGUACAGCAGCAACCAUGGCCAUGCAGUCGGCUAUGUGGAAGAUUCGGGAGAUCCAGGAUAAAGUGACCAAUAUGGUGAUGAAUUACACGGAGGUGGAGGCAAAAGUCCGCGAAGCAACCAACGACGAGACGUGGGGACCUCACGGAUCUCUCAUGUCCGAAAUCGCCAAGGAAACCUAUACUUAUGAACAUUUUCCCGAAGUCAUGGGAAUGGUAUGGAAACGAAUGCUGCAUGACAACAAGAAGAACUGGAGACGAGUCUACAAGUCCCUGUUACUUCUGGCCUACCUUAUACUCAACGGAUCGGAGCGUGUUGUUACGAGUGCCAGGGAACAUCUCUAUGAUCUGAGGUCGUUGGAAAACUACUCGUUCAUGGAUGAGUUUAACAGGGACCAGGGACAGAAUGUGAGGCAGAAGGUGAAAGAUGUCGUCGAUUUUAUCCAGGACGACGAGCGGCUACGCCUGGAACGAAAGAAAGCGCGGAAAGCUAAAGACAAAUACAUUGGCAUGUCCUCAGAUAACCAGCCAUUUAAGUACAGUGACCGUUACGAAUCCGAGCCCAGGAUGCCAAAGAACAAGGUGAAGGAAUUUGACGAUGAGAUUGACAAUUACAAGAGCAAACAGUCGCGGUUCAAUCUGGGAAGGAUGGGCGGCGGCAAUAAGCCUGAAGACUCGGACGAAUCGCCACCAGAAUAUGGCGAUGAAGAUGAUUUCGGAGACGAGGACGACAGCAAAGGGAAACGAUUUGGCUUUAAAGAUGAGGAAAAUGAGGAGACCGUCACGCACACGAUGACCACGGAGACUAGGACGAGAAGGUCUCGAAGAUCGGGAAAGAAACUUGACUUAGGAGCAGCAGGAGAAUAUGCGGAUGAGGCUAGCAACAGCUUACAUACGACUCCGACUACAAAAUCAGGAUAUGGCAACCUCCUGGACUCCUCUCCUCCAGCGAUCUCGGAAAACCAAGACGCCUUCGCUGAUUUCACGUCAGCGGCCGCCAACAACAGUUUCCACGACUUUGAUCCGAGGGGGACCUCACCAGCUGCCAACAACUCCACCGACUUUGCUACAUUCCAGAGUGCACCCCUGAGCCCAAAUGCAAACGAUUCCUCAUUUGGUGACUUCCAAGGAACUGCCUUCUCGGCCACCAUCACCCAACAAAACAGCACUGUAACAUCAGUACAAGCAUCCACCCUCAAUCCACAACCCCCUAUGCAACCCCAAAGUACCCCCCUCCAACUUCAAAGCACCCCUCUUCAACCACAGACUACCCCCCUCCAAAUCCAACAACCCAGCCUCAUGCAACCCCAGCAGAACCUCAUGCAACAGCCCAACGUGCCUCUUCAAACAAUGCAGAUGGGUGCGGCCAUGCAGCAGCAGCCCCUGGGUGGGGGGAUGAUGCAGCAGCCCCAGGGGGUGGGGAUGAUGCCCCAGGGUGGGGCUAUGCAGUACAACCAGCAGUCACUACUUAGCAUGCAGCCACAGCAAGGAGCAGUUCCAUUCCAACAACAACAGUUUCAACUGCCUCUGCAGUCUUUAUCGGGGAUGGGACAGCCUAUGGGACAGCCUAUGGGACAGCCCAUGGGCCAACCCAUGGGCCAGCCGUUUGUCGGCCAACAGCCCAUGACAAGCAUGACAAGUACGCCAAGUCAGUUACCCAGAAGCCAGCAAUCCAAUGGCACAGUAACAAGCGCAGCGAUGUCAUCAACAACCACGCCGCAGAAGAAGAAUCUGUGGUCGGAUGUCAACGUUGACAUUAAGCUGGACAACUUGAGUCCCGGCGAUAAAUAUAAGAAACAAGUGCAACCGUCAAUGAAUCAGCUACAAGGAAACAAGGCUCCAGUUGGUAUGGGCCAACCCCAAAUGGGCAACGUGACGGUAGGCAUGAGCCAAAUGAACCUCGGACAACAGCAACCGCAGGCAGGCAUGAUGGGUACUCCCAUGAUGCAACAGCAGCCCCAGGGCAUGAUGGGAAUGCCUAUGGGUAUGCCGCAGCAGCAAGGCAUGAUGGGUAUGGGCAUGCAGCCCCAAGGCAUGAUGGGAAUGCGGGGCGGUAUGGCGAUGCCGUCGGGGAUGCCUAUGGGUGGCAUGCAAGGCAUGGGAAUGGCACAGACUCAGCAAUAUGGAGCUUAUGGCACGAACUAACCCCACGCUGCAUUUCAUUAGGGACCUUUUAUUUCACAUUUUUUUGAUAAACCAACCUGCAUUCACUCUGCUGUUGACUAUCACUUGUUUCAAAUUGAGGGUACGUUGGAUCAGCCUUUGGAUUU